CUAAUUUACAGUGCCCGAACGUUUUCAACAUGUUGUUGAUAUCUGACUGAUAAAUUUCGUCGGGACCCAGUUCAUCAAACAUGGAACCGGGAUCAUAUGCUCGAAAACGUUAUGCCAGGGAGGAGAGGGAAUCAGAGUCAUCAGAUGAUGACAACUAUGUCCCAUAUGUUCCAAUCAAACAGAGAAAGAAACUACAGUCCCAGCAAGUGGAGAAGAGACUUGGUCGUGCUGGGAUACUGAGAGCUGAGGAAGAAGAGGUGAAGUCCUCCACCAAUGAUGAAGAGGAAGAGGAUCAGGAAGGGGAUUCAUUGGGACCCAAGUCUCACCUCAGUCUGCUGGAUCAACACAGCGAACUCAAGAAGAAGGCUGAAGCUCGGAAGGAGACGGCCCGUGAGAAGUUGCUGAAGGAAGAACAGAAGAUCCUGGAGAGUGUUGCUGAGAAGAAAGCUUUGAUGGGUGUGGCUGAGUUGGCAAAAGGUAUUUCAUAUCAGGAUCCGAUAAAAACAGGAUGGCGCCCUCCACGCCGUGUCCUGGCGAUGCCGUUCCAGCGCCACGAGAAGCUGCGCAGGAAAAUGCACAUACUGACAGAGGGCGAGGACUUGCCACCCCCCAUCAAGACAUUCCAGGAGAUGAAGUUUCCCAAAGCUAUCAUCAAUGGACUGAAGAAGAAGAGCAUCCUCAAACCCACGCCCAUACAGAUGCAAGGGAUUCCUGCUGUGCUGUGUGGGCGUGACAUGAUCGGGAUUACGUUCACUGGGUCGGGGAAGACCUUGGUGUUCAUCCUACCUAUCAUCAUGUUCUCUAUGGAACAGGAGAAGAGGAUGCCGUUUGACAAGGGGGAGGGGCCGUAUGGCCUCAUCAUCUGUCCAUCGAGAGAGUUGGCAAAACAAACCCAUGACAUCAUCAUGUACUACUGCAAGUGUCUGGAGGCUGACGGGUUCCCGGCGCUGAGGGCCGCCCUGUGUAUCGGCGGCAUGUCCGUGAAGGAUCAACUGGAGGUCAUCAGAAGGGGUGUGCACAUCAUGGUGGCCACACCUGGUCGACUGAUGGACAUGCUGGACAAGAAGCUGAUAAAUCUGGACGUGUGUCGAUAUCUCAGCAUGGACGAGGCGGACAGGAUGAUUGACAUGGGCUUUGAGGAGGAUGUCAGAACAAUCUUCUCCUACUUUAAGGGUCAGAGGCAAACCCUGCUAUUCUCAGCUACUAUGCCCAAGAAGAUCCAGAACUUCGCCCGCAGUGCCCUGGUGAAGCCUGUGACGGUCAAUGUCGGCCGAGCCGGUGCUGCGAGCAUGGACGUCAUACAGGAAGCUGAGUACGUCAAACAGGAAGCCAAGAUGGUGUACUUGUUGGAAUGUCUUCAGAAGACUUCACCGCCGGUGCUGAUAUUCGCAGAGAAGAAACAGGAUGUUGAUGCCAUACAUGAGUACUUACUGCUCAAGGGUGUGGAGGCUGUUGCUAUACACGGAGGGAAGGACCAGGAAGAGAGAAGUCGUUCAGUGGAACAGUUCCGGAAGGGGGAGAAAGACGUGCUGGUGGCUACAGACGUGGCAUCAAAGGGUCUUGACUUCCCUGACAUUCAACAUGUUAUUAACUACGACAUGCCGGAGGACAUAGAGAACUAUGUUCACAGAAUUGGACGUACAGGCCGUUGCGGCAAGACGGGCAUUGCAACAACUUUCAUUAAUAAGACAGUUGAUGAGUCUGUGUUGCUGGACUUGAAGCAUCUCCUGAUUGAAGCCAAACAGAAGGUGCCGGCAUUCCUGGCUACUCUGUCCUCAGAGAGUGAGAAGUACUUGGACAUUGGUGGUGAGAUUGGAUGUUCAUAUUGUGGCGGUUUGGGUCAUCGUAUUGCGGAUUGUCCCAAGUUGGAGGCAAUGCAGACGAAACAAGCCCAGGGCAUCGGUCGGAGAGACUAUUUGGCUCACAACAGUGCAGACUGGUAGAGUGGAUCAUGUCAAGGCAAAACUGCUGAUCUACUUCCGAGAACACAUCUGUGCAAGCAGUGACUUUGUUUCUAGGAUGUUCUUGGAUACUAGUUGACAAGCCCCUCAAACUCAGAUAAAUGGGAUAAAAAGCACAUUGUUUGCCUAGAAUCCAAGCUGUGUAAUUAUUGGAUUGAACCACUGUGAUGUUGUCAGCUUGUUUCAUGUUGUGCACACUGCUGAAACUGUUCCAGUGAUUUUACAGGCUUUUCUAGAGUGGUAUACCUAAUCUGACAGUGGUAAGAUGUCCUUAAUCUAAGGCAUUCUUAUGACCAAUGAAAAACUUGCUGGUAUAUUUUGUUUUAUGGGUCUGUUAAGUAACAGAAGCAUCUCCCAUAUUUUAGCAUGGACAUUUCGUGGAACAGGUCCCUGAACUGAUUUGAAAAUGGUAUAAUACACUGUACUGUUUUUCUUCAGCACUGUCAAUGUACGAGUUAAACUACGAACUUAACUAUCAGAUGUUUCUUCAUAUGACUAUUUCAUGUUUGUGUAAAUAUCCAUGUCAAUAAACCGUGAUCAUUCUA